AUGAAGAUAUCAAAGCAAUUGGAAAUGUUCAACGAGGAACAUGAAUUAAUUGAAUUUGGCAUUUCGGUUUUAACAUUCAAUGUGACUUCUGGACCAUGGAAGAAUCGGUUAUUAAUUGUUCUCGUGGCAGUGAUAAGUCUUUUCACCUGCUACUGCGCUAUUUCGCAUCUGAAUUACGCAAUGCCACACGGACUGAACAUGAAUUUCAUCACAUCAUUGAUGGUGUUCUUUGGAUACUUUCAAAUGAGUGGAAAAAUAUUAAUGGGUUCAUUUGAGAAGCAGAGCUUUCAGCAGCUCUUCGACUGGAUUUCUUCACUUUACAAACACCGAGAGAGUGAUCCUGUGCUUCAACUCAUCAUGGAGAAGCACUUGGUUUACUCAAUUAAGACUUGGAAGUUUCUUCUAAAAUGGGUUGGUUCCGCAUUUCUAGCAACAUCACUAUUGACGGCUUUAAAUAUGAGACCGGACAGCUUGGGUUUUGUGAUUAGAAUUCCAUUUCUGGAACCUCACAUCUUUUACGAGGAGAUUGUAUUCUUGGCACAAAUACUUCUUGUGGUAGUGGCCAGUAGAACCAUGAUUUUAAUCGAUUCUUCAGUAUUUUUCGUUGGACUUCACGUUAUGGCCGCACUCAAUAUUCUCCGUGAUUGCAUUGAAAUACUGAAUAUGAAAAUUGCCGAAAAUGCCGAUUACUUCAAAACCAUCCUCAAGUAUCACAAUGAUGUUAUUGAAAACAUUUGUGUGCUCAACGAAGCAAUUGAGAAAAUAUCAUUCGUUCAAAUUUUAUCAGGCACUGUACUGAUUAUAGGAAACUUUUUUCUUAUUAGAAAAGAAAGUGACCAAAUGUUCGCAUACAUUUUAUGUGUGUGUAUGUUGGGACAAAUUUUUCUCCUUUGUCUCUUCGGAGAAUUCAUCAAAAUCAAACUCGAUAAAUUGUCCACAACGCUUUACAUGACAAAUUGGUACGAGUUGAGCGUCAAGGAUCAGAAAACCUUCUUGAUUAUCCUCGCAAUGGCGCAAAGACAGUACGGAUUGAAGGCGGCCGGAAUGUAUGAUGUCAACAUCUACGCUUUCAUUCAGCGCUCAUCAUUUGGAAAUUGCUCAGAAAGUAAAAUAUUUCAUUAUUUAUUAAGACAAAUUAUCAUGUUUCAAUUCUUGUGUUCUUUCUUUCAGGUACAUUAG